AUGCUGAGCUACGACUUCCUGGACGUGGCCUUCAGCCCCUACAGCGACUACUGGCGCGAGAUGCGGAAGCUCUUCAUCCUGGAGCUCCUCAGCAUGCGGCGCGUCCAGUCCUUCGCCUACGCCCGGGCCGCCGAGGUGGACCGCCUCGUCGCCUCCCUCGCCAGCUCCUCCCCUCCGGGCGCCGCCGUCGACCUCAGCGAGAAGCUGUACGCGCUCUCCGACGGCGUCGUCGGCACGGUGGCGUUCGGCAAGAUGUACGGGUCGGCGCAGUUCGAGAGGAGCAGCUUCCAGCGCGUGAUGGACGAGACGCUGCGGGUGCUGGGGAGCUUCACGUUCGAGGACUUCUUCCCGGCGUCCAGGCUCGCCCGGCUCGCCGACGUCCUCACCGGAGCCGCCCCCCGGAGGCGGCGCAUCUACCUCCAGAUCGAUCGUUUCUUCGACUCCGUCAUCGAUAAGCACCUCGAGCCCGAGAGGCUGCAGGCCGGCGUGCAGGAGGACAUGGUCGACGCGCUCGUCAAGAUGUGGAGGAGGAGCAGGCAGAUUGACACAUUUUCAGGUGGCAUCGACACCAGUGCUGUCACGAUGAUCUGGAUCAUGGCCGAGCUGAUGAGGAACCCUAGGGUCAUGCGGAAAGCGCAAGCCGAGGUGCGCGGUUUGGUGGGGAACAAACCAAGAGUGGACGAAGAAGAUGUCAAGAACCUCAGCUACCUCAAGAUGGUGGUGAAAGAGAACUUCAGGAUACACCCACCGGGGACGUUGUUGAUUCAAGGGAGACCAUGA